GCGGCGGCGCGUCCGCGGCUCUGCCUCCUCCACGGCGGCGGCUUUAUUGUGUUUUUCACGUUAUUUUUGCCUUUUUUUUUUCGCGAGGAGCCCGGGUGUGCUUUUUUUUUUUUUUUUUUGGUUUUUUUUUUUUUUUUUCCCCUCUCUUCUGUUGUGGCCGGCCGGAGGGACUAAGGGGAGAUCAAUGAAGGAAAGAAGAGCGAGCCAGAAGUUAUCGAGCAAGGCGGUGAUGGAUCCCAACCAGAACGUGAAGUGCAAGAUCGUGGUGGUGGGGGACAGCCAGUGCGGGAAGACCGCGCUGCUCCACGUCUUUGCCAAGGACUGCUUCCCCGAGAGCUACGUCCCCACCGUGUUCGAGAACUACACGGCCAGCUUCGAGAUCGACACGCAGCGCAUCGAGCUCAGCCUCUGGGACACCUCGGGCUCUCCUUACUACGACAACGUCCGCCCGCUCUCCUACCCCGACUCCGAUGCUGUCCUGAUCUGCUUUGACAUCAGCCGCCCAGAAACCCUGGACAGUGUCCUAAAAAAGUGGAAAGGGGAGAUCCAGGAGUUCUGCCCCAACACCAAGAUGCUCCUGGUGGGCUGCAAGUCCGACCUGCGCACCGAUGUCAGCACGCUGGUGGAGCUCUCCAACCACAGGCAGACCCCCGUGUCCUACGACCAGGGUGCAAAUAUGGCCAAACAGAUUGGAGCAGCCACAUACAUCGAAUGCUCAGCCUUACAGUCAGAAAACAGUGUCAGAGACAUUUUUCACGUCGCCACCCUGGCGUGUGUGAACAAAACAAACAAAAACAUGAAACGGAACAAAUCUCAGAGGGCCACAAAGCGAAUUUCACACAUGCCUGGCAGGCCAGAACUGUCCACAGUGGCCACGGACUUGAGAAAGGACAAAGCCAAGAGUUGCACGGUGAUGUGAAGGAGCUGGGAUUUCUUGGAGGAGGAGGAGGAGGAGGAGGAAGAUCCAGGAGGGGUUGGAGCUCAAUGAAGUCACAGCCACAGGGUGUUUAAUGAGGGCUUUGCCAGUGCUUUCAUGGAGACUUCUCCUGCUGUGUGAGACUGUACUUAAGGACUGAGCCAGCAGGAAGAAAAGGCUCUUGAGAGAGGUGGCAUCAGGAAUUCCUGUUGAAGACAAUGCCAAAAAAAUAAUAAUAAAAGGGAAAACGUUUGAAUGUGCUGAGAGAAGAGAGAAUGAUUGGGAAAAUAACCCUGCAAAGGAGAGAUGUCAUGGACAGUGCUUGUUUCUUUUAGUAACGCUCUGCUCCUGGAUGCUACCACUUUGAUUUCAUUCAAAUAAUACUUUAAUGGGAUUUUUUUUUUUUUUUUUUAAUGAAGACGUUAUUAAUACACCCUUCUCAUUAAGGAACUAUCCCCGUGACCUUAGAGUUGGUUUUCCAAAGGAUUUGAUCUCAUUUUUUUUUAGUAGCUGAUUGUGAAAACAGAGAGGAUACCGAGGUGUGUCACCUAGAGGAACAUUUUGGAGAAGUCUGGAGUUUUGCCUUGCUGAUCCACGGUGGGGAUGAAGACAACUGUUUGAGGAUUCCCAGAAUUUCCGUGGAAAUGAGAUGGAUCCAGUUUAGGGGGGAGGGGAGUGGGGGCAAAGCAGCCCUGCAGGGCUCUGACUCGGCUGUUCCUCUUUGUGGUUGUGAUGUGGAGUGGAAUUGGUGCCCAGUCCUGGUGUUCUGUGUGGCCUCGUUGCUGUAGGUUCAAGUGGGAGGUGCUGAGAGCUGUGAUGGCAAAUGAUUCGUGGUUUUCCAGCCCUGAUCGUUCCUUAAGCCUUACUGCCCACCUGGGGAAGCCCCAAAAACCCCCUUGGGCUUCUCCCAGGAGCUGGAGAGCCCGUGGAUCCCGCAGAAAGCUGCAGACAAAUGCUGUUCUGGGAUGUGGUUCACUGCAAGGAAAAAAAAAAAAAAAAAAAAAAACAAAAAUACCCCUCAAAAA